CGCUACAUUCAAUCCAAUCCUCGUUUCAAGAUGACAAUGCUCAUUCAUCAUGGCCCUAUAAGUAUCCUCACUUCGUCCCUCACCAGACUCCUUUUCUCUCCAGACCAUUCUUCACUUGAUUUACCUGGCGUAGAUCACUCAGCGCAGCAACAACAGGAUUAGUCUCAACACUCUCAACACCAUUCCCACUUUCACCACCUUCACCACGCUCACCACCACACCCCCGACAAGAUGUGCGUCACAACCGACACAGUCCACGAGGCCUGCCGGCACGUCAUCAGCAUCACCUCCCCCUGUUUCGCAGUCCGCCACCCCAGCAUCCCCUUCACCCGCUGCAAGCGCUCCUCCAUCCUCCACGCCCCCCCCACCCUCUGCCCCUCCUGCGCCGCCGUCUUUGCCGAGGCCCACAUCGACAGUUUCUCCGGCGCCAAACUAGCCAACCAAUUCCGGCGCCGCGAGAACUACGGCGGUGUGCUGAUACCUAGCCUCGGCCAGCAUGGUAUCAUGAUGAUGGACCGCGACGGCAACGUUUUCGAGCGUGUCAUCCCGAGGGGCUCAUCGUGGUUCACCGAGACGGUUGGGGAUAGGGAGGCGGAGAGUUCGGGUGCUCGCCCGAGGAGGUCGGAGCUGCAGCUGAGGGAGUCGGAGAGCUUGAGGCAGAUGAUGAGGCCGGGGUCUCCUAGGCCUCGGAGAGAUUCGAGGGGUCCUCAGCCUCCUAGGUCUCCGAGAGAGUCGAGGGCUCCUCAGCCUCCUUGGUUUCCAAGAGAUUCGCUAGAUCGUCCGCCUCCUAGGUCUCCGAGGUCUCCGAUGGGUCCUCAGCCUCCUAGACAGACGACGAGACCUGGGCCGCCCAGAGAUCCGAGAGAUCAGAGUGAUCAGAGUGAUCAGAGAGAUCAGAGAGAUCCUCCAUUUUCUAGGCAGACGAGGAGGGGGGGCUACAGUCGCUUGGAGGACAGACAUAGCAGUAUGUUCUAG